AUGGUUUCCUAUAAUUCAAAAGUUGAUGAGCCAGUUGGCGAAAAUCCAUCAUCAAGUACAUCAUCGUGGAUAUCUCAUAGAGCAUACUUGACUCCAGCUACACUGAAAAGGAGUAAAAAUGUGGAUUCCACAUCAAGUAGUAAACAUAUUCCCUUAAAUUUGAAUAAAACAUUUGACAGGUCAUACAAAUCAGCAACUAACCAGUCCUCACAGGGCUUUAACUACAAUUUUAAUGACGAAUAUGAUCCACGAUUUCCAAACGAAUACGAGAAGGUCUCGAAGAUCUUUUCUAUCAAAUCGCAUAUUAAAUCCUCUACCAGCGUACCUCCUGUUGCCGAAAAACCAGUUUUCAUGGAGCCAACUCCCCCAAUUGAACCAGAACAGAGGCUUUCAGGUGAUGAGAUGCUUAAACGACGUUUGGAGGCAAUGGCUAAAUCCGAUUUAUAUUCAGAAGGUGUAGAUGACACACAACCUCAAGAUGAUCAAUCUGAGGCCGUUACGACCAAAUUGGACGCUCCAGAACCUAAGAGGUCUCAGCCAGUUGCAAUGAAAAUGAUGGAGAAGAUGGGCUGGAAGGAGGGCCUUGGACUAGGCAAGAACGAGCAGGGAAUGGUAACUCCACUGGUUGCAAAACAGACGGGGAAGAACAGCGCAAUUAUCGUGAAUGCACUUCCCAAAUCAAGGGGAGUAUAUACCCCUAAAACAGCCUCAGAACCAUUUGCAGCCCAGCCACAACCCGAGGGCGUUAAGUCCAGGAUUUCUGUCAUGAUUUUCCCAUCUAAGGCCGAGUUGGACAUAGAUGAGCUGGAAGAAAUAAUAAGUGAGUACGGAUCACUGGUAAAUAUAAAGGUUUUAAGCGAAGAUGAGCACAAAGUGGUGGAGUCACAGCCCGAGUGCUCAGAACUAGCAGAUAAGUACCCGAUGGAGUCAAACAAGUUUGUAAUUUGCGAGUAUGAGACUGAAGAACAGUCUGAAAGGCUCAUAGUGGCCUUGAACGGCAAAAGAGUCAUGGAAUCUCACGUCGAUAUACACUACUUCCCUAUGGAGGUGUAUAAAAGUAAACUGAGCUGA